GUAAAUUUUAGCAGCAUCUAGUGGUGAGGUUGCAAAUUGCAACCAACGGCUCAGUCCACUGCUCACCCCUUGCUUUUGAAACGCUUAGAGAAGCUACGGUAGCUGCCACCGGAAAAACAUGUCAUCGUCGGAGACAACUUAGUAAAAAAGUUUGUCCGUUAAGGCUGUUUGAAGUGGGAUCUCUGUAGAAACAUGGCAUCACAAAAUGGCGACUUCCACGUAAGGGGACCCUCUGUGUAUGUAGAUAAAAAGGUCUCAUUCUAAGGUAAUAAAAACAUAAAGGUUCAUUAUAAAAAGGUCUUUAUACACCCCUGAUAAUAUAGUUUUGUAUAUUAUUUUGCAUUUCUGUCAAGAGAUCCUUCUAAAAAUUACACACUGCACCUUUAAUGCAUUUGACAGAGAGUGCAUUCAAUGUUUAAAUGUUUAUCUAUAUUUCAUGUACUGUAAUAUUAAAGUGAACAUAACUAAUAUUAUUUUAAAGGUGCAGUGUGUACAUUUUAGCGGCAUCUAGUGGUGAGGUUAUGAAUUGCAACCAACGGCUCAGUCUAAUGCUCACCUCUCGCUUUUGAAAAACAUAGAGAAGCUACGGUAGCCCCCACCGGACAAACAUGUAAUCGUCGGAGACAACUUAGUAAAAAAGUUUGUCCGUUAAAGGGCUUUUGUAGAAACAUGGCAGCACAAAAUGGCGACUUCCAUGUAAGGGGACCCUCAGUGUAUGUAGGUAAAAACGUCUUAUUCAAAGGUAAUAAACACAUACCGGUUCAUUAUGAAAGGUCUUUAUACACCCCUGAUAAUAUAGUUUUGUAUAUUAUUUUGCAUUUCUGUCAAGAAAUCCUUCUUAAAAUUACACACUGCACCUUUAAUGAUUUGUAAUAACAAUACGACGAUGGCGCAAAGGCUAUAAAGGCCAAGUAUUUUUGCAAAAUUUCAGAAGAGCUAAUGUUAAAAUAUGAAUAGAAUUUUUGGCAUCUACACUCAUAAGUGUUUAAACUAGACUUCAUUAAUAUUUAAACAUUCAUAUUUAACUUUAGAAGUGCACAGAAUAAAAACAGAGUCAGUAACUGUUAGUACAAUAUUUACAACAAGAACUACAAUAAUACAUACAAAACAGCCAGGGUUUUUUGGUAUAGAAACAGUGAUGUGAAUGAAAGAUUUGAAAGAAUAUUAUAGUUUAAUUAAACUGAAUGUUGAUCAAUUAAAAUAAAACAUACGAGUGUUAUGUUGUUGAGUGAUCUUGCUGUCAGCCAACGAGAGUGGCGCUCUUUUUCUUCACAUUUCUUAUGAAUAAAUGCAAGGGGUGGGUCUUUCUCUCUCUCUCUCUCUCUCUCUCUCUCUCUCACUCACUCUCUCUCUCUGCAGAUAUCACUACAGGACAGACUGUUUCUCAUCUUUGGAGUAUUUUAUUUCCAAGAAAUGGACAUUCGUUACACAGACAAGAAUAUAUAUUUUACAAUAAUAUUUUAAUAAGCCGUUUACGUAUUUAUUCAAGCUGCGCUUUUAUCCAGGUUGUUUGAAGUGUGAUCUUGGCAAAAGGGCCGUGCAUAGGAAAAGCUAGACGCGUGCCGUUAUAACCUUUAUUCUGGACGAUAUCAAUACCGGAUACCUGGAGAUAAACCUCUGAAUAUCGAUUAUAGAAAGAGCUGGCUACGUGAAAAUACCACAGAUGAAGACCGGGAUAUUUUUAAUUGAUGUAGUGUAUGCAUUCAUACAGCACUGGUUAUUCAAUCUGUUCAAUUGAAACUCUGAUUACUUAAUAUAAUUUACGUUGAUAUUGAUUUUUUAUUGCCAUAUUCCAAUCAUGAUGAUGGGUGUAAGGGGCGCGCGCGGCAUCUCAACAUGACAGGUAACGAAAUUCACACCGAUAUAAGGUGCCAUUCAUCACCUCGUGUAGCUUUGCAUGUUAAUGUCCCAUUGAAAUCAAAUAAAUGCGUAUUUUGACAUGUUAUCUAUGUUUUAUUCUUUGACCUAAUUUAGGCGCAGUCUGAUUCAUAUCUAUCCGCCCUUUUGUAGUAUCUGAUGUAUCAGAUUCAUCUCUUCAUCAUCUACCUGUCUGACAUAACGGGAUUAAUCGUACACUAUUUGAUUUAUGGGAAUCAUAAUAACAUUCAAUUUGCAUAGAUAGAUUCAAUAUCUACCUUUACAAAUAUUUAGAAUACCUUUGCUUCAGUAACUGUGGUAUUUCUCGUAAAACCGUAGUAACCACAAAUUUACUAUUGCCUUUUUAUAGUACCUAUACAAAUUUGCUGGGUUGUUUCAACCCAUGGUUGGGGUUUGAAUGACAUAUAAUGUUCAAUCCAACCGUAUCUUCUAACAGCCUAUGUUUUCUUCCUCAUAGCAAUGUAUAAAAAUGGAAGGAUACCAAUCAGGAAGACCUGUGGCCAUCCAGGAGAAAUGUUGUCAGGGUCGGAUGCCAUGUCCUGAAUAACAAACGGGCAAAAUGGAAAGCUGGUAUUCAAGGAUGAUCCAGAGAAGCUCAUGGCCUCUGCUCGGAUGUUGCUCGGUUCUGCUCAUGGCUGUGAUGCUGGUGCGGUUCACAGUGAUGUCCAGCACACCUGUGCCAGUGGAGCUCCCAUCCAACAUGUCCAGAAGAAGCCUCAGUCCACUUCCAGCAAGAACACAUUCACCUUCUGCCUUAUCUUCACCCCCAUUAUCUCAGCGCUCUGAAAGAUCUAAGCGUCCAGCUCAUGCCUCAUCAGGUGCCAAACAUCCCGUCCACAUGUCUCCAGGUCUUCAUAACAGAACCUCCAGCAUUGCACCCACACCAUCCCUUGGCACAGAGGGGUCAGGUAACUUAGGAGAUGGGGCUCAGGGCAUCCACCUGCUGUUACGGCCACCUGAUCUACUGACACCUAGCCAGAUGCCUCCUUUCCGUGAUGAAAGGCCACCAACUCCGGCCCCUCCGACCCUUGUGGCACAUGAAGACCUGUAUCCCGUCCACUCUGCAGAGGUCGACUGGGGUUCUGGAGAUUAUUUGGAAACUCUUACAUUCAUGGGUUCUGAAGGGGAGGAGUUUUCACUCGUCACCACCUUUCCCACGCAUGGAUACGAUCCGUAUGAUGCCGAUGAUGAUGUCACGGUCAGCUACAACACGGCUUUCCCUUCUCGUCCGGUCCUUCCUCUUUCUUCGAUAGACCUCCAACCCAGUGCGACUGUAAAGUAUGUCACUGACUUAAGGACAGCCCAUCCCAUUGAUCCCCGCCUCCCAUUAGCUCCUGACUCCUCCCAUACAGGCUAUUCGGAUGAUGAAUUGGAUUUUGAUUGGGCAGAGCUUUAUCCUAUUGAGCCAACUGAGAUGCUGCUUCCUGACAUGAACAGUUUGGAAUAUUACAACACAUUGCAAGCCAAAGAAAAUGCUAGUAUUGCAAGGAAUAAGACCCAUUAUGCCCACCCUCACAUCACGCCAACGCACACUGUGGUGCCCACCCACAUUCCCACUGCCACUUUGGGAGAAGGUGUGGUUAAAGGGACGGAUCAUAUCGAUCAUGGCGCUCCGCAACCUAGUCCAUCUCCAACCCCAAAACCCACUAAGCCUCCUAUCACAUCAACGACCAUUACUCAUCCACCCUCUGAAGUCCCAUUCACCCCAGAGAAGGGUGUUUCUUCAAUACCUACAUCUCAUUUCGGCAGAACUCGACCCUCAGUGACGACCGCCCAUCCUCCACCAGAGUCUCCGGUAAUACAAGAAGUCACGCUAAAGCCCCCAGCUGCUGCAAAACCCGAUGCCACCACCAUCAAAACCGCAACCACAACUAAAACCUUAAGUACCAGCAGCCCCGCUAAAAGUCCACUGCCUACAACUCCCAGAAUUCCUCUCUCCAUUGCCCCUCGACUGUAUAUCUGCAACAUCACAAAACCAGACAUGUACCUCGUCAGAGUGGGUAUGCCAAGCGGAUCAUCAGUGGCGUUUGCCAAAGCACACGUGAGGGAGAUCCUCAGACGAGAGUUCAACCGCUCGGUCGAGUUACAGGUCCUUAAAGCCCCACCCAAUUUCAUUUUCCGGACAGUUUCUGGUCCACUGGUGUACACUGCUGUGUCAGUCAUCAAUUCUCUCCGCCAAUCAGCACAAAGCUCUUCCUCUUCAACUAUUUUAUCUGUCACACCCAUUUACACUGUUCCAGAUUACAAACAUCAGGUCCACACAGUGCUGCAGUUUGUACCGAGUCACGUGGACGUGCGUCUCUGUAGCUUUAGCGAGCGCGUGGAGAAAGGGCUGCUCAUGGCAUACGGCGAAGUACGCAAACGUUCGCAGGAAAAUGGGAAUUUCACUGUACAUAUUGUGAAUAUUACAAGUAGCCUUCCUAAGGGUCAACGGCAGCAAAAGGCACCAGUGGACAUCACCUUUGCUGUGCGUGAUUCCCAGGGUUUCCUGACGGGAUCGGAUGUGAGUUCCCACAUGAGGCAACUCAGUGCGGUAGAAUUUAGCUUCUACCUCGGUUUUCCCACCCUGCAGAUUGCUGAGCCUUUUCAUUACCCUGAGCUAAACGUGUCCCACCUGUUACGCGCAUCCUGGGUGAAAACCGUUUUAUUGGGUGUAUUGGACCAGCGUGUGAAUGAAAGGACUUUCCAGGCCAGGAUGGAAAGGCGAUUAGCCCUGCUGGUUGGGGAAGGACUUGGAAUAGGAGUUGGUAAUCGACGCUGGAGAAGAGCGGCCAGUAUUGGCAACAACAGUGUACAGAUCGUGCGGGCAUCUCGUCUGGAUGGGCCGGACUUUCCACUGGAGCUGGUGUAUUUUAUAGAGGCAGGGCCAGGAGAGCGACUGCCGGCACAGACCACUGCCGCCCUGCUCAACAGACUCAACCUGCAGAGAGCUGCUAUUGUACUGGGUUACCGGGUACAUGGUGUACUGGCCACACCGGUAGAGAAGCUGACUUUGCCUCCCUCUGAGACGCAGCCCAGUAAUGUGUGGUUGAUCGUGGGUGUCGUGGUUCCAGUUCUGGUGGUCAUCCUCAUCAUCAUCAUCCUCUACUGGAAGCUGUGUCGCUCUGAAAAGCUAGAGUUUCAGCCAGAUGCUAUGAGCACCAUCCAGCAGAGACAGAAGUUGCAGCCCCCUAGUGUAAAAGGCUUUGAUUUUGCUAAGCUCCACCUGGGGCAGCAAAGUAAAGAUGACAUCAUGGUAAUUCAAGAGCCCGCCCCUCCACCCCUCCCUGUUAAAGAGGCCACGCCCUCUGAGGGUGGAGAAUUGAACACACCCAAAUCAAAGAGUUCGUCCACUAAAGCAUCACGUGCAGCUCGGAGGAGGGGCAGAUUGUCUCCGUCUGAUGGCGAUUCAUUAGGAAGUGAAGCAUCCAGCGGUAGAGAAUCAGCGGAGGAGAGCACAAGACCUGCGGUGACACCAAGUGAAAGCAAACCUCAACAUCGCAAGAGCAAGCAUGGUGCUCAACCUGGAAGCGGUGUGGAUGAGCAGCUGUCCUCAUCUUCUAUAUUCGAACACGUAGACCGUCUCUCUCGUGGUUCGUCGGAUGGAACACGCAGAGUGUCCAAUAAAAUACAGCUUAUAGCGAUGCAGCCCAUGCCGAGCCCUCCCUCUCACCCGCAUAACCAAGCUCUGAGCCCCAGUCUAACAGAGAAGCUGUCUGAUGGGUCAAAGGUCAACAGUGAGAUCCAAGUGGCCUUGAGGCACAAAUCUGAGAUAGAACAUCAUCGCAAUAAGAUCCGCCUGCGUGCCAAGAGAAAGGGCCAUUACGAAUUUCCUUCUAUGGAGGAUAUCAUGGCUGCGUUCGGCGACAACUCCGAGCAGCAGCGCGUUUAUCAGCAAGCCCAGGAGCAGAUACACAAGAUACUGCAUCCAGAUGAACAAACACCAUCAUCGUGUGGAGAGCCACGCAAGAGCUCUAGAGGUCGACGAUCUCCCAGACAACGGCAGCGACAGAAUUUUAGUGGUAGCGGAAGUCUAAGAGACAAAGAUCGCCUCAUUACUGAUGGAGACGCCACAUACAGGAAGUACCCCGGCGUCAACAAUGUGGCAUAUGUGUCUGAUGCAGACCAGCUCCCAGAUGCAGGUAGCCCCUCCCCAACUGAUGAGGUGUUUUUAGACCCUGGAUCUCCGCCUUCAGGCCCCGCCCCUGCCCCGCCGGCCUACGUCCCCCAUCAGCCAACCAUCGAAGAAGCCCGGCAACAGAUGCACUCCUUAUUGGAUGACGCCUUUGCUCUCGUCUCCCCCUCUUCUCAAGGAAGCCCCGCCCCUUUGACAUUCACAGGCGUUACUGCAGUCACUGGUGUUGGAGGGAUCAGUCCUGGUCAACCCUCUAGCCCGUCUUCUCGCCCGGCACGCCAGUGGGGCUCCUCCUCUUACCCAGCAGCCCCUGCACAUAGUCCUUUCUCUGCGAGGUAUGCUGAGUUAGGAAUGUCUCCCACUUCAGUCCAAAGUUUACUGCAUAGGCAGGCACAAGGGUACCUGCUGCCAGCAGAGAUGCAGUCUGAUCCUGGUUACUCCAGCAGGGGGCAGUAUGGAGAGGAGCUCACAUCGUCUGAUCGACCUCGACCAGUAGGGGGCAGCACAGGUGCACAGUUGCACCAGCUAACACAGGUGGGUUUGUCAAGUCGGAUUGGAUUGUAUCCUGGUGUUGGCCGUAGUGUUUCUGGACCCUCUGGAUCAAGUUGGACCCAAUAUAGAUCAGAUGAAGAGAUCUCAAGACCAGGAGCCAACCGGGAGGCUAUAUUGACAUUCCCAGAAUAUUCCUUAUCACCUGUAUUCCAGAUGCCCAGGACAUCACUGCAGAAUCCGACCACACCCCAGACCCAUCUGGAACCCUCGAGCACAGUGUACGUCGCCCCCGAGGAGCAUUCACCACCUCCUCACUCCUCAGCUUCCCUCAUCAAAGCCAUCAGGGAAGAAUUACAGAGACUUUCUCAAAAACAGGUGGCUGUUGCAGGCUACCACAGUUGAGACAGACCACCCCAAACCCCAGUCCUGAUGACUUCUUACUGCAGCUGCUACCUAAAAAACCUCACAUGGCUGCUUUUACACAAACCCUAACCAAAAUUGUACAAUCCAAGUACGGCUGGUCUGUUACAGUACACAUGAAUACAUGGCACAGAUAUUCAAUAGGGAUAUUGUGAGGACAUCCACAUUUGAUGUUUAACUGCUUACUUGCAGAAAAUAAACUUCAAUACCCUCUCUUGCAAAUGAAAAACCAUACAUCUCUCAUCCGGACUGUUUAGAAUAGACAUACAGGCUCUCAAAUUGCAUGCUGGGAGCUGUGACUUUUGUGAAAGUCCCAAUCAGUUUCAUGUCUGUCAAAGUGCUUCCUUCCAGUGGCUCAUCCUCAUGUCUCCGGACCUGGUGCUAAAAAUCAUUUCUUUCUUCUGUUUAAUGCCACAAUUUAGCCUUGCCUGAAAAGUGGCAUCUCCUUUUGAUGCAGUCAUAUUUUAAUCUUUCUCCUGAUGUCCAUUCAUCAGAGAUGGCUAAUCGAUUGAAACAUGACUAUCUGUAAGAUGGUUUUGGGUUCUGGGUAUUGUAUUUUUUGCGGUUUUGAAAGUGUUAGUAUUUGUUAGGACUGUUGUUGCUGAAGUUAAUCCACGUUGUCUUGUCUGGCUCUCGAGGGUGAGCUAGAUCAACAAGCGGCCUCUAGAAAAGGAUCCAGAUUGUUGUCAGCAUGAUUCCGCACCAUUGCUUUAUCCAUCCCAAUGUCUUGUUUGAAGUAUGGCUAGGGUCAUAGUUUCUCAAUAUACAAAUGAAGAGUUUGGUUCCAACUAACUUUUGUCAAAACAUGUUUAUUAUUAUGUUAUCAUGUUUUUAUUGUGCUACUUAGCUGUAUUUUUUUUAGUUAUGAAGGCUUAAAUCAAAACAAACCAACUGCAGUUUGAUUGAUAUUAAUUAAAAUGCACAAUAAAAAUAUUCGUUUUGGAACCAAACUCUUUAAAUAUUAAUUUUGCACAUUUUCAUCUUUGCACAUUCGUAUCAUGUUGAUGAUGGAAGUCAGUCAGUUUCAGAGUUUAUUGUGGAAAAGAGAGAGUUUGUUAAUUAUAUAAAGAACAGGUAAUUAUAUAACAAUAUAUGUAAUUUUAUAUUAUAUAAAACAUAUAGAUAUAGAUAGAUAGAUAUAUUGCAUAUUAAUGAUGUAUUGAUCCAUUGAGCACAAUUUUGAUUAAAUGUUAUCAUAUUAGAUUGUAUUUAUUUUUUAUUGUUAUAAAGUAUUAUGUAUUACCGAUGUUGGAAAAGUGUUGCUAUGGGAUAUUUAAAAAAAGACCAAAUCACUGUUGAAGCAUAAUAGUUCCCUCAGCUUGGUAAUGCAGCAGGCAUUCUGUAUGUAUUUUUAAUGUAUAUGGUCAUGUGGACUUGCACAGAGCUGUUGUAAAGAUUCCUAUAAGGAACCCGUAUGUGCUGUAGGGUUAAAGGCCUUUCCUUUAUUUCUUAUUUUUUACCUAACUCUCUGUCCUAGGUUUUGGGUGAACCCUUUAUUUUCUUCUUAAUUACAAUUUUUUUCUUCCAUUCUGCUUACACAAUCACUAAAACACCUGCAGUAUCAGGGAAUUUAAGGUGUAAGGUUUUCAGGCCUGGAAAAUUCACGAUAAUCUUAAAGAUCAUUGAAGAGACAGUUAAAAAGAGCAUCAUCUCUAUAAAAUAUUUCUUUACCAUUCUUAUCCCGUAAUUGCAAACUUGAAGUCACAUCUCUUUAUUUUUCUUUCUUUCAUUAUUUCUUUAUUUUGUGUAUAAGGUGCCUGACAGGCCUUAAAUUAGGAAGCAUGUAAAGUGAUGGAUUUUGCUUAAUUUCUUCCCUAUUUUGUUUAUUUUGUGUGCUGUUGUCUUGAUGGGCAUGCUAAUAGUCUUAAAAAAUGCAAAAUAUGACAAACAAGCUUGAUAGAAUUUAGCCUACUAUGAAAAACUGCUAUCCGUAAGACAUUACACCAGUGGUCAAAGCACAGAGAAACGAUUGAAAUAAUUAAAAUAAAACUUUUCAGUA